UGGAGUGUGUUUUCAUCACCUUUCUUCUCAUUCCCUCCAUGUUUCUGCGUUCCGAUAGUGCAGAUGCCACAGGCGAGUGGCAUGAAAUUGUGGUGGAAAGGGAGCACCGAGGCACCACCUUGGAGUGCAUCCAUACAGAAAUGAAGGCCGGGAUGAACAUCAACUGGAUGGUCAGGCCUCCCAAAGCGCGUGACUGGAAACUGGUGCUCUCAGCCAGUGAGCUCCAGGAGUUCUCUGGCGGGGUCUCCAAGCCUUCUAUGCGCCUGGCUGACCCCAACUACCGAGACACAGGCAAUUUCUCGCUGUUCCUUCAACCUGCCACUGAGGAUGCUGGCCUCUACAUGUGCAUGAUAGAGCAGCUAAAGAAGAAAAUCAAGGAGAAGAUCAUCCUUUUAGCCAUCAUCACUGUCACCAGCAUCCCAGCAUCCCCCAUCCCUCUGAACAGCACCCUGCGUCUGAUUGCCAAAAUCACUCCAAAUUUUGCCCGUGACUAUAUCUCCUGGGAAUCUCAAGACGGCACCUCACUCAAGACCGUGUUUAGGCCCAUCGUGGGAUUUGUGACCAAACUUCCCCAGGCCACGUACAGCGACGCCGGCUCCUACAAGUGCACGGUUCAUCCCCCGAGGAGCACAAACGGCACUGUGUUCACAUUUUCCGUGAACGUCACCGUUGAUGAUAGCUGCCAGGCCUCCUUCACCAGGGUGGAGUACAGUCACCCCAUUUCCACCGCCACUCAGGCCAGGACAUCCUUCCCCCUGACCUGUCCCCCUGUCCCAGGGGACUACGUCUUCCUCUACUGGAAACCCCCCAAUUCGAAUCGCUGUAAGCUGUUGUAUCAAUACGAUCGCUGGAGGGGCAAGACGUCGAGUAACAGCGAAAGCUUCAAGCUCCAGAUGGCUGGCGCACCCUACAACGGCAGCUUUUCCUUCAUCCGCACACCAGGCCUGAAGGAUGGCGGCCUCUACGUCUGUAAAGUGGUUGUCAACGACCACAUCUUCGGACAGACAACCGUGCUGAGUGUCUUGAAAGUGAUGGCUCGGCGUUUGGAUACCGUGCUGCAGCUGGAGUGCGUGUUCAGCGAGGUUUCCCAGGUCCAAAAUGCCACGUGGGAAUUCCACAAUAAGAGUCGCUCGCUCUGGACGAUGAGCAGCGCGCCCGGCAACGUCACAACCACUCUUCUCUUACCCAUCGCCUCGGACAGUGCCGGCAACUACACGUGCACCUUACAGCUAAAAGACGGCCAGACUGUCAGCACCACAUACGUGGUCAAGCAAGCAGCAAAGACCGUCCCUACAUCCUCGCCGCACUCGUCUUUCCACCACCUCCUCCUUCUGGUUUUAUUACUUCUGGUGCCCCUGGUUGCCGCCAGCAUCGCUGUGUUACUAUGGCGACAGAAGCGCAUCUCCCUGCGAGGUAUUGAGCAGUCUCUGUCCGUCUAUUCAGGCGAGACGGAGAACAUCUACGAGAAUCCCGAAGAUGUCAGACAGGCUUUUCCGCCAGGUUCGGUCUAUAUGGAUUUAAAGCCAAGACAAGAUGAUGUCUACAAGGAACUGGAGCACUGAGCAAAGAGAAGCAUUACAUCACCUGUGCGCGCGCGUGUGUGCCUUUGUAUGUUGUAGGAGUGUUUGUGUCGGCA